GGGAAGUGUUGUCGCUCCGUGACAUGAAUGAACCAUGUUCGGUAACGGAGGCUUACCUCUCCCGGUCUGUUCCUUCCUCCUGCUGCUCCUCCCGGUCCUCCCGCUCAGCAACAACUGGUCUGCUAAGGUAAAUAACUUACUCGCCGUUUUGUCACCUCUUCACGUUGUUUGUCCGUUUUAAACUGGUGAAAAAGUCGCGGAGGGGUACUGGGGAGUUUGUCUGUCACUGUGUUAUCGCACAAGACACUCUCUACUCUACCUUGAAUGAACGUACAAAGUUGUAGUUUGGUAAAGUUAAGCGACAAUUAACCCCAUGGAGACAGUGUCUGAAUACAAUGUCAGUCCCUGGAGAAGCAGAGCCAUUUCACCCUGUGUAACCAACAGGGUAUGUGAGAAAAGCUCCCAGUUACCAAAGCGAGACUGUCCCUGUUUCCCCUGAGAAAAGGCUGAUACUCCGUUACAUCAACGGGAUGCGCCAAAGUUGCGACAAGACCAUCAUUAACAACUUCUAUAUACGGUCGUAAUUAUUCAGAGGUGAAAUGACACGAGUGGAAGAAAUUAUUGUAGUGACAUUGAAAAUGUGGGUUCCUCCAGUACUAAAAUAAAACCACUAAAUAAAUGGACUAUUACUCGUCUUAAACUGAAAGUUUCACAUAAAUGAUCUGUAGAAGAGUUUAAUGUGUUUGAAUUCUGCCCCUGCUAUCAAAGAUCAUUAAAAAUCCUCAGUUACUCAGCUUAACUUGGUUUGAAGGGGGAAACCUCUUACAACCUCAGUUUCAUAGGAUUUGGAGCACAGUGUUAAGUUUUAUUUAAAAAAAAAACUGAAUUCAGUGGUGAUUAAAUCAUCGUAAGCAUGUAUUGAAAUGAAAAAAGUGCUAAAACAGCAUAUUAAAUGUUGAAACUGAAAACCUUGUCUCAUGAAAGGUAUAUUCUCAUUUUAGAUUCAAUGUCCACACCAUGUUUUUAAAAAAAGUUGGUACAGAGACAGAAAAACACUGAAAAAGUUGUAUAAUGUUACCUGGAGAAAUAUUUCAUAACUAAUUAGGUGAAUUUGCAACAGGUCAGUGAAAAGGUUCACCACUUGGUCACUGAAUUCAUUUGCAUAUAUCUCGGCUCUGAUGAAAAAAAAACUUGAGUUUAACACUUUUUACAUUUUGAAGUAGUUUUGCUCCAUCCAGCUUCAGAUGAGCACAUUCUCAUCUGCCCUUACACAAAGGAAUUAUGACAAAUAAACGAUUGGUUCUCACUGUGCUGGUAACAACACUUAUUUGAUGAACCAAAAUUAAUAUAAAUAUACAUUUUGUGUUCAAGACAGACAGAUAUCAGCCUUUUUUGUCAAGACAAAUAGUUGCUGCAUGGUUGGUCCCCACUGUUCUCCUUUACAGUAAAGCAUUCAAACCCUAAAUCCAGCUUCAUAAGGGGAAAAAGCUACUUACUGUUCUUGCUAAGAUUCAUUCUUGAAUUUUCCAGAACAGCAGUGGGUUGCACUGGGUUGGUUAAAUGUAGCCUAAUUUGGAUGUAAUUUCUUACUCAGGACAGAUUCCAGACCCUCCUUCUUAUUUGUUGGGGUUUGCACUAGCAGGGAUCGUUCUAUUGCAAGCAUAAGUUCGCACAAAACUCUCAUUGCCAGCUCUGAGUAGGUGUGAAGUCAUCUGUGUAAUACUGUUGUCCCAGUGGAUAGUUUUGUGAAAUGGGGGGUGGGGGGCAGCAGGCACUGGGUUUAACUUGCUUUGCCAUACUCUAACAUUGCAGUUUGUUUAUUACGUUCACAGCAGUUAUUUUCAGCUGUUUGUCUGGAUAGCGCUUAUCAAAGUCAGCUCUGAAACAAGUUGCUUUGAGAGAUGAGUUUUUACUGAUUGGUAAAAAUUAGAGAAAAAGCCAUUUCAAUAUUUUGGUUAGUUUAGAUGUUAUACUCUACAAGUCAAUAUGAACCUUAUGCCUGCAAAGUGUAACCAGACAAUGAUGCAACUCAAGCCACGAACUAACUAGUAUUAACUCGUUAUUUAGUCUGGACUUUGCACCAAUAACCAAAAACACAACUUAUAAAAGUUGCAGCAUCCAAUCCAACUGUAUUUGUUGAGCACUUAAAAACAUCCACAGAGGACCAAAGUGCUGUACAGGGUAAUGAAUAAAAUUAUCAGAAAUAAAGACACAACAUCUUGCAUAAAACAUAAAAUUACAUGUAAAAACAGAUAAAAUAAUCUACAAGGCAUGUAACAUGGGCAAAAUAAUAGCCGUGCAAUUAAAGAAACAAUAAAAUAAGAUAAAAAUCAAAACAAAUCGAGCCAUAACUUUUUUUUCUUUUUUUUUCCCUUCUGCAAUAUGUAUUAUCAUAUUAAAACUUACAAGAAUUAAUACAGCAGAAAUAUUGUGUAUUAGAUACAACCAUUUAAAAAUUAGGUAACACAAUUAUACUAGCUAGAUAUCAUGUGGAUCUUUUUGGAAUACUGGUCCAUAUGUGGUAUCUGUGGUGGUAGAAACAUCACAACUCUUUACAUCCUAUAGCUAUUUGAAACACAGAUCGAGACACUGACUGCACGAUGGUCUGAUCUCUAUGCGACUAAGUAAGGACGCAUUUAAGAGAUUUCAGAUAGUUGUUUAUCGUGUAUUAAUCCUGGACAAUGAUUUUGUGCAUGUUGAAAUGUUAUCACGUUCAACCUUACACCUUUAACAGAACUCCUUUGGCAGGCGACAGAGUACUGAAUGAGUUUUACUGUAGUUUACUGUCAUGUACAGUUGAGAUACACUGAUUGGGUUGGCCAAUUUAUUGAGUCGAUGAAAGGCAUUUUUUAGUAAUCAGCAUCAUUUUAUCUUUUGACUAGGCCAAUACCACAUUAUGUUUUCUGAAUUCAUCAACAAUCCAUUUAACAAAUGACACUGUUUAAGGUAGCUAUGAAUGUUGAUUUAAAUGUACAUAAAACAAUAUACGUGUGUAUAUAUAUGUGUGUGUGUGUGUGUGUGACUUAAAAAAAUCUUAAUUGCAGUAUUUUCCUUGGAUUUUUAUUGCUUUAAAAAAAAAAAAUUAAGAUGCCUGGACAAACAUCCAAAGUUUCUUUGUAGUCUAUUUUACUCAACAAAAUAUUCUUCCACCUAUAAUCAUUUGAUAAAAUGUUCACUUAUGUUCAGCAAAUUUGUUUCUUAUUUGUUCGUUUUAUUUAAUUUUUUGAUUUUGUCAGAUGCAGAAAACAGAACAAAAACAGCAUGAUAUGGGGAUUGUAUAUUGGCCAUCUGCUGCAUCUUUGCUUACCCUCCAGAAGUUAGUAUUUAACUUUUCUCAGGGACAGGGGGUUCAUCUUGACGUGUCAAAAUCAAAAAAUGAUUCAAGGAUGGAGUAUGAAUGAAGUGAAUUCACUCUCUCGGGUUGCAGGGUGGUCACCAUUCCUGCCUGGAUGUUGUGACUGACCAUUUGGUUCCACUGUUCCAUAAAGGCUAAAUAACCAGCAAAUAGACUGACCUGCUGACUGACCAAAAGGUUCACUGAGCUUGACUGAGGGACCUAAUGGCAAAAGCAUUCAAAAGGCUGCAGAAUCUAUAUCUGCUUUGAACUAAACAUUACACCUCACAGACAGCUGGUUAAAUCUAUCUAGUAUUAUUUCAUCCAUCUACUCUGCCAACUAAAAAAACUGUAAAGUGCCCUUAAUAAUCAUCUUAGCCUUUUGGAUGUGAAGUGGAUUACACAUAAAACUGAUGGCAGCAGUAGAAGGAAAGUUGUGUGGAGCACACAACAACUGGCAAGACAUCUGAAACCCAGUUUUUUUGGCAAAGACCAUUAAAGACAUUAUUAUCCAACCAGACUAAAGCACUCCACACAUUAUUACACACAAACAUCAGGAUGCAUCAGGACGCCACGAUGAUGUAAUGCUGUCUGUGCCUGUCUGUGCAGAGUCUUAAAUUGUAAUUUAUAAAUGUGAGAUGAAGAACACAUGCAUUGCAUCAGUUAACACUGAAUUCUAAAUAUUGAGAUACCCCCCAUUUUUAUUUUAUUUUAUUUUAUUUUUUUGCCUGUUAGGGACAGAGACACUUAUACAUGCAUAAUCACAGUAAAUCAUAAGUUUGACUGCAAAUGAGUUUAAAGACAGACAAGCACAUAUAAUUAGUUGCUUUUGGUUCAGCUCCAGGUGGUUUUGACUGCACCAGAGGACCUGGUGAUCCAUCUCACUGUCGAGGAUGAGACCAAUGACUGUGGUGUCGUGCACAAACUUGAGGAGUCUGACAGAUGGUCCCCUGAGGUACAGUUGUUGGUGUAACUAGAGAAGAGCAGCAGGGAGAGAGCACGGCCCUGGGGGAUGCUGAUGGUUCAGGUGCUGGAUGCGAUGUUCCCCAGCCUCACCUGAUGCCUCCUAUUAGUCAGGAAGCUGGUGAUCCACUGACAGGUGGGGGCGGGCACCAUAAGCUAGGCCAGUUUGUGAUGGAGGAGUUCAAAAACAGUGAAGAUAGUGGUGUUGAAAGGCCAGUUGAAGUCCACAAACAGGAUCGGAGCAGAGGUCCCGACGAUUUCAAGGUGGUGUGGGAUGAAGUGCAGUUCUAUGUUUACUGCAUCAUCCACCAACCUGUUUGCCCAAUAGGCAAAUAGCAGGGGGUCCAGCAGGGGGCCGGUGAUGCUCUUCAGGUGGGUCAACACCAGGUGUCGAAGGUGUUCAUGACCACAGACAUCAGGGUACGGGCCUGUAGUCAUUAAACCCUGUGAUGGAGGAUUUCUUGGGGACUGGGAUGAUGAUGGAGUGAAGAUGUGGGCCAGCUGGUCCGCACAGACUCUCAGGCAGGAGGGGGACACACCAUCAGGUCCUGGAGCCUUUCUGACCUUCUGCCUCUGAAAGAGCUGACUCACCUCCUCUUCACCGAUCUUUAGGGCUGGUGGGAGGUUGCAGUGGAGGAAGGGAGGGUAUGGUAGGAGGUGCAGGUGGGUUUAAACGGGAGUCAUUGAGUGGCGUGAAUGGGGGGCUGCAAUAGACACUGUUCAGGUCCUUGGCCAGUCUAUUGUUACCUACAGGGUGGGGGGAUGGUCUCCUGUAUUUGGUGAAGUCCUCUCCACACGAACGCAGGGUCGUUGGCUGAAAGGCUGUUUUUCAGCUUUUCUGUGAAGCUCCCCUUUGCUACCCUGAUCUCUUUUGAUAGUGUGUUUCUGGCCUGCUUGUACAAGACCGAGCCCCACCUCUGUAGAUCAAUUCUUUGGCCUGGCGCAGCUUCAACAGCUUAGGUGUGAACCAGGGUGGUCAGCGUAGCUGCAGCAAUAAAAACGCUUCAAUCAUUGCAGUCAGAGCAGGCCUGGAGCUCCUGCUUUGACUCCUCGCUCAAUUUCUUCACAGUCCUCAAUACAGGCGUUGGAGUUUUUAAUAUCUGCCUGGAGGUCAGGAUGAGAUUGGGAUGAGAUAGACCAGACAGUGAUCAGAGAGUCCCGUAACUGUAGUGGAAAUCACUGAAUGUGCUCAAAAUCAAAUCCAAAAACCAGUGUCUGUGAAACUGUUUGUUUCUGCAUCCACUUAUCCAGGUUAAAACUGUUCCAUCUAAAGAAGAAACUAUAUACAAAAAAACACACCCAGAGACUCUGGCGACAUGUCUGACACAUUUAAAAUGGACUUAAGGAAAGAGGGACACUGUCCUGAGGUCUGACAAAUUUAGAAAUUUUAUGCUCUUUUUGGAAAUCAUGGAUACCAUACCUUCUGCUCUAAAAAAAGACCACCUGACUUUAUAUCAGCUCUCACCUCGAAGCUAACAUCUCUGAUGGUACAGUAUAAGUGUCAGUGUGAUGGGUAGCUUACACAUCUGUGAAGGCUCCACUAAAGCUAAACAAUAUAUGCAAGUUUUGGAGUAACAUCUUCUGGUUUCAAUCAAAUGUAGGUUUUUAAAUGAUAACCAUAUAGAUCUGUUUUUAUUAACAAUCCAAGCAGAGUUCCAGCAUUUGAACAAAUGGCUUUGUCGUUUAUAGCCUAACAAGUGUCAUUUCAGAAUGUUAAAAAUGUACCCUAGCUUAAACAUCAAACAAAGUUGAGCUCACUUGAGACAGGGUGCUUAAAAGAGGGAAAUAUUUAACACGACCUGAUAUGUAAAAGGGAACCUGGUCAGGCUUUGUAGCACCAACCAAGAAAUUAAAGUUGAAAAAGAAAUCUGUUGGAGAUGUUCAUUAGUAUAUCAUGUGCUUCAUACUCAUGUGUAUGUCUGAUUGUGUGUGUGUGCCAGGACAGAAGUGUCGGGAGGGUGGAGCAGCAGGAUCUCCAUCUGCAACCUCUCAGUGCUGGAGGUCAGGACACCAAGCAGACAAGCAAUAAGGUAACCAAACACAUGUUUACUUUUGUUGUGUUUCUGUUGUGUUAUGUUGUCGAGAUUUGUGUCUAACUGUCUGUAGUUUGUGAGGCAACACAGCACACACGGCCAAAUAAGAAUCAGCACUUUUAUAAUACUUCAGUCUAUCUCACGGAUGCAGUUUGCUAUGUUUCACCUUCCUCAGGUGGAAACAACAUGCUUAGUGUGUGUGUGUGUGUGUGUGUGUGUGUGUGUGUGUGUGUGUGUGUGUGUGUGUGGGUGGGUUGUGUGUGUUUUCUGUUAGGAGGAGGUGUUUCAGUGGUGGGGGGAGUGGUCCAGCUGGUCUUCCUGUUCCAAGAGCUGUGGAGGUGGAGUGAGGAGUCAGGAAAGACACUGUCUCAUACAGAGGUACUCAUAUUAACACAUAUUAACUGUUACAUUAACACUGCUUUUCUUCUGCAAUGCUGACAAACUGCAGUCACACAAUGGUGCAGAAAUAACAGCAUUAUUAUUACCGUAUUAGUAUUAUUGUCUUUGGGGUAGGUUCAGCAGUUGUCACUCAGGGCUUACACAUGAAAUUACUUCUUUUGACUUUUUUUCACCCAGUUUUACAUCUAUAUCAAAAAUGCAUUCGAAAAUCAGCUGACUCACGUUAUCACCCACCACUGCUGCCAUUUCACUGACUAACAGUUGUUAAGUCAGGAGGGGCCUCUAUACGCAGCAAAUCACAGUGUGUCUGCACCUGCAGGGCCCCCACAGAGAUGGGACUUCCUUACAUUACAUAAAUACUCAAUCCCAGAAUUGUCUGGAUGAUUAAGAAAAAUAUAUAUUUCAGUGCAUUGAUGAAGGGAAUUUUUUUACUCAGCUUUACUAUAUUAUUUCAUGCCCUUUAAUGCCCAGAAUACAAUAUAUAACAAAAAAAAAUCUGGACUUCUAACCCUGGUUUCAGUCCUGACAGUUUUAAGAUUGCAGGUCAAGAGUAUUUCCUACAGCGUACACCAAACAGACACCAGAGGACCACCAGUCUGUUCAAUAAUUGUCUUUGUGGUGUUGCAUUAUUUUUAAAAUGAAAUAAGAGAGCCAGAUUACUUAAACCAGCUUGUUUUUUUUGUUAGUAUUUUGCCAUGUUGGGUAUUUAUGGACACAAAACACAAAUAUACAGCUGUUAAAUGUGCACAGCAAAACUCUGUGUGUAUGUGUGUGUGUGUGUGUGUGUGUGUGUGUGUGGGGUGUAGAGACACAGCCAUGCACAGAGGGAUGUCAUGUUUGCAGCCAUCUUGUUACCUAUGACCUCUCUCUGUCAGACCUGCGGAAGUUUCUGUCAACCAUGAUUAACACCACCCUGCCCUCACAUUUGGCCUCUGUCUUUUCCCCUCCUCCCACUUUCCCACUUUUUUCUGCAGCGUCUGGCCCUUUUACUUCUCUUUUAAUUUUUUACCUUUUUUUUCUAUUCCCCACUUCCUUUCCUCACUCCUCACCCCCUCUUCCUCCCUACCGUGUUCACCUCUCUCCCCUUCCUCCCCUAUCCUGCCCUCAUCACCUUCUACCAAUUAGACAUGACACUCUCACAUAGUGACCUCCCGCUCACCUCCUCCUGCUGUCUCUCCUUCUUCACCAUCUACACAGAGAGGGAGGAUGGAUAAGAGAAAAGGGGCAAAAAUAGACAGGCAGGAUGUGUGCGUGCGUGCGUGCGUGCGCGCGUGCGUGUGAGCGGGGGGGGGGGGUGGUGAUGAAAGACAGAUGCAUUAACUCUAUGUUGGAGUUCUGCAGUGACAACUCCUUAAAAUUACAGAGGGCUCUCACUUAAAAUGUGUCAUAGAAAAACAAGAACAAAUGUAGGUGCAUGUAGGGACUACAGCAAACUACAAAUUUUAAGGGAAAAUUCAUUUGUCUGGAACCUCAUGAAAAAUUUUCUCAGGAAGGACAGUUAAACAAACUCUGUAAAUCCAGUUAGGUGACAGGAGAGGGAGACAUAGUUGAAGUCUCCUGAUGUUAUUACAAGUGCCUCAGGAUAUUGAGUCUGUAUCCUAGCAACAGUAUCAUGGAGAAUACAUGCAUAAAAGUAUUGCUAUGAUAAUGCUGAACUCCCUUGGAGCAUAACAUGUAAUAUUGCAUAUGUUACGUUAUAUUAUUGGCUUAUCAUUUAAUAACUCAAUUGUAGCUAUACAAUCAUCAACUCAUGAUGUAAUAAAUUAUUACAUUGUUACACUAUGUGCAGAGAUGUUAUUACGUUAUGUGCUCAUAAUUUUAUUACAUCAUAAGCCGAUUAUUACAUUAUGAACUUUUAUAACAUUUCAGUUAUAACAUUAUGAGUUGCUACACUCUGCUGUGGAAAUCACUGCAUAGGUUCAUAGUCACAUUCAAAGAUCAUCAGUGAAAACAGUUUGUUGCCUCAUUCACAAAUGCAAGUUAAAGUUGGUCCAUGCAUGGGUGUGCCGAUAGCCUAGCGGGUCAGUGCGCCCUACUUAUGGGGGCUUGUAAACAACACCAUCGAGGAGGAACUGUGCAUAUAUCAAGCCAAGAAUGUGAAACCACAUUCUGCAUGUAUUACAACUGCACAAUUUUGUAGUAGAAGAGUCCAGGGGCUACACCAGCCUACUUGAAAUCCUGACGUCACCUGUUGAAAAUAUGAAGAGUAUCAUGAAACAGAGGUUAACAAAGGAGACUUUGAUUUGCUGAGCAGCUAAAAUCCUUUAUCAGGGGAUAAUUGAAUGACAUUUGACUUUCCAAACUACAGAAACCGGUCCCUGCAGUUCCCAAAUGUAACAAAGUGAUGUUAAAGAAGAGGUGUUGCAACACAGUACUAGUAAACAUGUCUCCAUUCAAACUUUUUAAAAGUGUUUUGUGGCUUUUUGGGAGUGGGUCUUAUGUGAUUAACCUUUACAGUCUAUAUUGUAUUCAGUUCUAUAGGAAUCAAAUUUGAUAUCUAAUACUUCUAUUAAAUAACAAUGACCAUACUUGACAAAAAUUUUAACCUUCAAUAGUAUUGUUUUUUAUCAUCUCCCUGUGUGUUUAGAAAGUUGAUGUUUGUGUCUUCUCAGCAUUCUGAAAAGACACAUUUUGUGCUGAGAAUUUUCUAUCACCACCAUUUCCUGAUGAGUGAGUACAGAGUACUGUUUAUGUCAGUGAGGAACUGACGCUGCUUAAGUGUGUGUUUUUUUUUUUCUUCUGCAAACAGCUGUUUGUUGCAGGUGGGGGGAAAGUUUGGCUCACACACAAAACUUAAUGUUAAAAGGCAAUGAAAAAGCAUGUGUAUUGGCAGAUAUUCGUGCAAAGUGAAGAGGAGGAUCUCAAUUUUAAAAGACAAUUAAGGGCUCUCUGAAGUUUAGAAAUGUUAUGUCUGGCUGACAGAAAGUGGAGUUUAACCCUGGAGGUCAAGUGGCACAAUAACAUCAGUCUUUCUGUGGCACUUAAGAGGUGUUGGGAAUCAUGCUGAUUGUCUGAGUCGUGUUUAAAUACUGCUUGCUCAUUGCGGAAGCUGUCUAGCUACUUAUUACAGAGACAAACUCACUUUUCAUUAUGAGAGCUAAAUGUCAUAGAAUCACUGUUUGUGCCUCGGAGAAAUAAAAAUGGCUGAGAUAAGGGAGAAGUGAACACCUCAGGUUAUCCAAAACUCUGCAGCCUAGAUUUUAAUGCAGGCUGCAAAACAUAGCCACUAAAAAGGAUUCUGGCUCCCCACAAUAUGAUAUUAUCACGGUACAUGGGCCACGAUACAAUGUACUUGCAAUUUUUAACAUUUUGCAAUACACAGAGUAUUGCGAUACAAUAUAUUGCGAUUUAUAUAUUUUUUUCAACUGUAUAGCUAAUUUAACAAUGUCUUUCCUUUAGGUUUGUCUUAUUUGCACAGUAUUUUAUUUUCAUGUAGUACAUCUUGCAAACCUUAAAUAUAUUUGUUGUGCCAAAUUUCUCCUGCUCUAUGAUGUCACCUCUGCCAACCUCACUAGAUAAACUGUUGAUUUAAUUUUCCCAUUAUCAUAGAUUCGACUUCACAUUAACAAUCAAUUUGAAAAAUCAAUACUUGGUAAAUGAGACGAUACGAUAUAUCACCAGACAAAAUAUUGCGAUACUAUGCUGUAUCGAUUUUUUCUCCCACCCCUACUGGCUAGCUGUUGCUUUAUGAGUUGCCUGAGCAGCCAUACAGGGCGCUGCCAUCUUGAGACACUUGUGGUCUAUAAGUCUCCUACUUGUUGCUUUUUUAACAAAUGUAUUAAAUUUAUAGAUUAAGUUCAAAGCACUUAGAGGCCUGACAUAAAUGUGCCUUUUUUCUGUUUUAUUAACAUCGAUCCAUCCAUUAUCUUUACCACUUUUCCCUUACACGGUCGGAGGGGGGCAUUGGGUGAGAGGCAGGGUACACCUUGGACAGCUUGCCAGCCAUGUAGGGACGGACAAUCAUUCAUACUCACUGUCCUCUGAACACUUAUUAAAAGUUUUUUUUUUUUUUUAAUGUUCUGAGUCACAAAUUUUAAAAAAUGUUGUUUGUAUGAGGAAAGUUACAAACUAUUUUGUGACUUACACUGCACCUUUUUUCUGCUGCAGGCUGUCCACCACACAAAAUGUGAACAGCUCCUUCUGUGUUGGCUCUCCUAAAAAGUACCAGCUUUGUCCAAACCAGGUAGGACUUAGACACUGACAUUGUUUAUACUGAUAUUGAUAAGAACCAACUUUUUAGAAAAAUUAAAUAUUGAUAUUGUGGAAAAACAUAAGAAUAAAGUAACACAAUGUAACUAACUGGUUUAAAGUGGUGAGUGGUAGUGGCUUGGAAGUGGUUGCCACCUGCCAUUAAACAGAGAAGACAAUGAAGAAACAUGAGCAACAAAAAGCAAAUAAGCCACUUUUUUGAACUUAUGAUUUGAGAUCUAUUGUCAGUCCAAAAGCUAUUUGGAAGCUAAAACAUUAGACAUUUAUUCUUUUUAAUUGUUUACUUAGCUUUUUUUUAUCCAGUUACAUUACUUACAAUCUACAGGGAGUCGUGUAUACCUUAUUUCAUAAUAAAGCAUAUUUUAUGACAGAGGAAAGAAAUCAACCCAACAUUGUUGAUGUUUUGUAUUCAAAACACAAAACAAUAAAAAAAAGUUAGGUUGACUCAUUUCUCAGUCCAUUUCAAUAUAAAGGCAUAUUUUCACAAAAGAGGAUGAGACACAACGCCAUGUUUUUCCUGUCUAGCAGUGAUAACACAAGACAGUCAAAAUGCCAAAAUAAAGGCAUCAGUAUCAUCAUUUUAAGAGGCAGCCUUUAGUCAAAGGAGUUCCAUUACAGGGCUAGUGAAAUUAAUGAAAGCAAACAUUUAACAUCAUUAAAAAAUGGAUCAUGACAAGUAUGUAAGAAAGUUCAGUGCAACCAUUUGUGAAGUUGAUCAAGUGUUGUACUAACCCACCCUUUUCUUCUCUUUCUGUAAUUGUCCAAUAGUGUUUUUUCUCUCUCAUUAUAUUUUGUUAUUUAAAAUCUCUCUCACGCCCUCUCUCUCUCUUGCUUUUUCUCUCGCUUUCUCUCUCUCUCACUUUCUCUCUUUCUCUCUCUCUCUCUCUCUCUCUCUCUCUCUAUCUGUGUUAUUUUCCAGCCCUGUCCCAGCCCUAGUGUGAGUUUUAAACAGCACCAGUGUUCCCAGUUCAACUCCAAAGCCUUUGGUAGACGAUACUUCCAGUGGAUACCUCUUUACCCGGGUAUACCAUCAGCCAGCAUCUUACUUGUAUGUCUGUGUGUCCUUUCAGGUCUGGACACUUUCCAUAUUAACAGAAUGAGACUAAAAAGCAACAGGAGUCUGUGCUCAUGGAGAGGGUUGAAGUCAAACCACAUACAGAAAGAUUCCAACACUGAGCUCACUCAUGCAGCUUUGCAAUGAUAACUUCACUAAUUCAAUUUAAAGGCAUUAGCUCACAGAAAUCCUAUACUGUGAUGUCUAUGAUGAAAAUAUGGUUUUCAUGUAUGUCAUUUCCCCUGCAGCUGAUUACAUCAGCAUCUCGAAUAAGCCAUGUGAUCUGCAGUGUACAACAAUUGGUGGUGAGCGACAACUGCUGGUCCCCGCUCACGAUGGUACCUUCUGCAGAGAUACCAAACACCGUGGAGUGUGCAUAGAAGGAAUCUGUCAGGUAGAUCAACGAGAUUGUAGAGAUUAUUCAGUUUCUUGUGCUUUUACUGUGUUGGUAAGAUAAACUCACCGGCCAAACAGAUGUACCUUUCAGUGUUGUUUUUUCCUGUCCUCCUGCAGCCUGUGGGCUGUGAUGGACAGCUGUAUAGCAGUAAGACGGUGGACAGAUGUGGAGUGUGUGGAGGAAAUGGGACUUCAUGCAAGCGUGUGUCUGGAUCAUAUAGGAAGGCGCUCACACAGUUAGGUAACACACACACAAACACGCAUAGACGUGUUAUAAAUGAUUUACCGUUCUAAUUCAGGUCAAGUUUUCUGUUAUUGAAUUUGGUCCCACCAACACAGUCAUACCAAACAUGUUGGAUCUUUUUUAAUCUCUCACUGUGAGAAAUGAUAUUAUGUUUCUUACAGAAAGUCUUACCAAAAAAGAUUAAAUUCUAGUCACCCCAAUCUCGUUAGACAGUUUACCCUAUUCCCAAAAAUUGCAUCUUCAUGUGGCAUCAUGGUCAAGCAGGGAAGUUGAACAUGUUUCUGCUGAGUCUCAGAUCCUUAGUGGAAUAAAUGUCCACAGUUGGAUGAGUUGUGGUCAUCUCGCAGGUUGGAUUGCUAGACAGAGACAGUCUAGAGUGACAUUGUUAUUUCUCAAGGAUGUUGCCUGGUUCAGGGGGUCCUGGAGGCAGGACCUUGCCUAGAACUAAGUUUCUAUCCUAAACACCUUUCUGAUCUAGAUUCUGUAGAAUCCACACUGAGCUAACAAAGCAAAAAUGGCAUUUUUAUAACACAAUUUUGUUGGCGUAUACUUAUACACAUAAUCUUGAGACAAGCUGGUGUAUAUAAUAGUGUCUUGGGAAACUGCUCUAAUGAGAGGCAUCUGACAUUUUGGUAAUACAUCAGUCCAUAUGUAAACUAUGAGUAUCCGGCAGAGAGUUAUCAGCUGAAGGCAGAAUGAUGGCUGUCUGUGUUGAGAGGUCAGCUUAAGGAAAAUCUUCCACACUAGCAUUAGUAAAACUUGACCACAAAGGUUCUAGCUUAUAUCAGUUCAUUUGAUUUCUGAAAAAAAUCAAUUUUUGCUUUUUCUUCAAUGAUGGCUUUAGAAGAUUAAAGGGUUUGUCUAAUUUUGCUGUGUUUUUUUAAGUAAAAUAGACACUGAUGCCUUUUUAUAAAGUUUGUGUUUUUUUUCAUCAGGUUAUGUGUUCAUCAUUAACAUCCCAGCUGGAGCUUCAGACAUUCAGAUCAUAGAGAGACACAAGACUGAAAACAUUCUGGGUGAGAACCUACAUCUUCUUUAAGGUCAAUAAACCAUCUCAAGAGAUCUCUGUAAGAAUUUGAGGUGGUCAUAGCAUCCUUUUUGUGACAAAAUAUGUUUGGACCUAUUUUUAAAAUACAAACAGGGUUUCACAUGAGCCCUUAGUAUGUUUGAUAGAUAGAUAGAUAGAUAGAUAGAUAGAUAGAUAGAUAGAUAGAUAGAUAGAUAGAUAGAUAGAUAGAUAGAUAGAUAGAUAGAUAGAUAGAUAGAUAGAUAGAUAGAUAGAUAGAUAGAUAGACUUUUUUUGGUAUUCAUAAAAACUGUCUGGCAUGCUGGCAUGGAUCAUUCUGUGACAUGUUUUUCUUCUCCUCUUCAGCCCUCUCAGAUGAAGCGGGUCAUUUCUUCUUUAAUGGACACUCUGUGUUUGAUAAUCCUCAAAACUUUAGAGUAGCAGGAACAGUUUUUAAAUACCGACGUCCCAGCAAUGUGUUCUCUGAUGGGCUAGAGUAUAUUAUUGCCCAGGGUCCCACGCUUCAGGGCCUGAAUGUGAUGGUAAACACACACACACACACACACACACACACACACACACACACACACACACACACACACACACACACACACACACACACUCAGCACAGGUGUACUGUAUGUGUGAUCAAAAAGGAGAUCAAUGUGUUUAUCAUGUGAACUUCUCUGUGUAUGUGCAGUACUACAAUCUGAAUGGAAAGCUCCCCCACAUCACCUACGAGUUCACUGUUCCAUCUUAUGACACCACAGCUGCAGAACACAUCACCACAGGCCCCGCCCACUCCCAUCCUAACCUCACCUUUAACACAGUAAAUGAGGACACUACAAGAGAUCAACGUAGACUGACCAAUCAGAGCAGAGCAAGCAUUCAUCACUUCAACACCCAACUGAGAGUUGGUGACCGAUCAGAUGUUUGGCUGCAGGAGAAAGAGAAGGAGGAAGACGAGGACAAAGACUUGGUGUGGGAGAUAAGGACCCCAAGUCCUCCCCCACUUGCUGCCGUCUUGGUCCACAGGCCUGCUGAUGUCACUAGUCAUGUGAUUAGCCAUAAUGAUGUAGAGGAACGGGGACCUCCAGCGCCAUCUGGCUACAGUGAGUAACAGAUCUAAGCUUUGUCAGUCUUGGUGUCUGACUUACUUACACUAAUAUUGGGUGCAUACUAACAUUUAAAGAGUUUCUUCAUUGCAAUGUAGCAACACAGGUGUAGAUGACCAAAUUCUAAGGAAUGAACUUGGAUAUUCCUUUGGAUAAAAAUUGUUGCUUCAAGUCUACUAAUUUGGAGAAAAACUUUCUGCAUCUCCAGUCCCGGCAGCCAAAAUAAAUACUAUUCAUAAAUAUGUGACUUGCUGUUGUUGUUCUGAAAGUCAGAACUGGGUUAGUGAAGUAAGCUUUUCGGUAUUCUGUAUCCUUUGCCUGGAACACAUCAUCUCCUUGGUUUAGGUUUUGAAGUAGUUUAAAAAAAAAGGAAGAGGAAGAGGAUACAAAGACGCCACACUGCAAAAAGCAUAGAGGACAGACCAGUGUUGUCACCACAUUUAGUACUGAAGCAGAGAACAUAGGUCCAUGAUUUCCAAACUCACAUUUCAAAAACAAAAUUUGACAUGUGGUCAGACCACAGUGGGCUGUUCCUCUUUGUGUCAGUCCAUCUCAGAUGAGCUCGGGUCCAGAGAGGCCAACUGUGUUCCCGGCUGUUAUUGAUAUCUGGCUUUGGCUUGUAAAUACAGAGAUGAACUGUAUUGACUGACAGUGGUUUUCUGAAGUGUUCCUGACCCACAUGGUGAUAUCCUUUACAGAAUGAUGCAGGUCUUUUACAAAGUGCCUAUUUAGUUUGGGUUUUGGGCCUUGCUGCUUAAAUUCAGAGAUUUCUCUGGUUCUCUGAAUCUUUUGAUGAUUUUACUGUAGAUGAUCAAAUCCCUAAAAUCCUGCAAUAGUAUGUUGAGAGACAUUGUUCUUUAACUUUUGGACAAUUUGCUCAUGCAAUUGCUCAGAAAGUGGUGAACCUGAUGAUGCUUCUUUUAUACCCAAUCAUGACCCUGUGUUUCCAAUAAACCUGUUUACCUGUGGAAUGAUCCAAACAGGUGUUUUUGGAGCAGUCCUCAGUUUUCUCAGUCUGUUGUUGACCCUGAAACAACUUUUCAGGAACAUGUUUCAGCAUCAAACUCAAAAUGAGUAUAAAUUUGCAAAAGAAACAACUUUAUCAGUUUGAACAUUAAAUAUCUAGUCUUUGUGAAGUGUUUAAUUGAAUACAGGUGGGAAAGGAUUUGCAAAUCAUUGUAUUUGGUUUUCAUUCCCAUUUAACAACACAUCUCAACUUCAUUGGAUUUGGGGUUUGUACUUUGUGAAUGACACACAUAGCUAUUCCACUGUACUUGCAGUUUUUCACCAACACAAUGUCACAGCCUCACUUUUAUCUCUAUGGUGUCUUAGUGAAGAAUUUUUGUGUUUGGUGCUUAAAGACAACAGUUGAAGAGCCUAUUAUAUUUACAAACUGUUUCAUCUCAUGUCAGCAGGUGGCGCUGCAGUGUAGGCUUUGCGCUAAAAGACAACAUGAGAAUGAACAAUUGUAUAUACAGGACUGUCUCAGAAAAUUAGAAUAUUGUGAUAAAGUUCCUUAUUUUCUGUAAUGCAAUUGAAAAAACAAAAAUGUCAUACAUUCUGAAUUCAUUACACAUCAACUGAAAUAUUGCAAGCCUUUUAUUGUUUUAAUAUUGCUAAUUAUGGCAUACAGCUUAAGAAAACUCAAAAAUCCUAUCUCAAAAAAUUAGAAUAUUUCCUCAGACCAAGUAAAAAAAAAAGAUUUAUAACAGCAAAACAAAAUCAAACAUUUGAAAAUGUCAAUGAAUGCACUCAGUACUUGGUUGGGAAUCCUUUUGCAUGGAUUACUGCAUCAGUGCGGCGUGGCAUGGAGGCAAUCAGCCUGUGGCAUUACUGAGGUGUUAUGGAUGCCCAGGAUGCUUCAAUAGCGGCCUUUAGCUCAUUUGCAUUGUUGGGUCUGGUGUCUUUCAGCUUCUUCUUCACAAUACCCCACAAAUUCUCUAUGGGGUUCAGGUCAGGGGAGUUGGCAGGCCAAUCAGGGACAGUAAUGCCAUGGUCAGUUCACCAGUUACUGGCGGUUUUGGCACUGUGGGCAGGUGCCAGAUCAUGCUGGAAAAUGAAAUCAUCAUCUCCAUAGAGCUUUUCAGCAGACAGAAGCAUGUAGUGCUCUAAAAUCUCUUUGUACACAGCUGCAUUGACUCUGGACUUCAUGAAACACAGUGGACCAACACCAGCAGCUGACAUGGCUCCCCAAACCAUCGCUGACUGUGGGAACUUCACACUGGAUUUCAAGCAACUUGGAUUUUGCUCCUCUCCAGCCUUCCUCCAGACUCUGGCAACUUGACUUUCAAAUGAAAUACAAAACUUGCUUUCAUCUGAAAAGAGGACUUUGGACCACUCUGCAACUGUCCAGUGCUUCUUUUCCAUAGCCCAAGUCAGGCGCUUCUUCUGUUGUCUUGAGUUCAGGAGUGGCUUGACCAUGGGAAUACAGCUAUUGUAGCCCAUUUCCCGGACACGUCUGUGUUUGGCUUUUGAUACCUGGACUCCAGCUUCAGUCCACUGUCUUUGAAGCUCCCCCAAAUUCUGGAAGCGGCUCUCCUUCACAAUGCUGUUUAGGCUGCGGUCCUCUCUCUUGGUUGUGCAGCGUUUCCUGCCACAUUUCCCCCUUCCAACAGACUUUUUGUGAAUGUGCUUUGAAACUGCACUCUGUGAACAGCCUGCUCUUUUAUACAUUUCUUUUUGUGUCUUACCCUCCUGAUGGAGUGUGUCAAUGAUGGUCCUCUGGACAGCAGUCAGGUCAGCAGUCUUCCCCAUACUUGUGAUUUAGUUUACUGAACCACGCUGAGUGUUUUUAAAGGCCCACUAGUAUACUUUUUCAUGAUAUUCUAAUAUUUUGAGAUAGGAUAUUUGAGUUUUCUUAAGCUGUAUGCCAUAAUAAGCAAUAUUAAAACAAUAAAAGGCUUGCAAUAUUUCAGUUGAUGUGUAAUGAAUCCAGAAUGUAUGACAUUUUCAUGUUUUUAGUUGCAUUACAGAAAAUAAAGGACUUUAUCACAAUAUUCUAAUUUUCUGAGACAGUCCUGUACAUGAAGUACACAUCUAAAUCAAAAUGAAGAAAUGUAAAAAUAUGAACUCAAUUUAAAACUUCUUUGUUUAUUGAAGCAUCAAAGUUAAGGCAGUAUACAAGAAAAUAGUCAGCUACUGUCCACAUGUGCUUUAACUUUUUUGUUCACAACUCCAUAUUUUUUCUGUUUAUGUAGGAAGUUCCUCCAACUCCAUCGAUGAACCUUCCAUUGCUGAAGACACGCUGCUGCUUUCUUACCCAGGUAAGGAAUAAAAAAGAAUAUUAUUUCCCUUGUGUAGAUUCUCGUAAUCAAUUUGACUAGUAAAAAAACAAGACCUUUAAAUAUUUGCACUAAUGGUCUGUAUUUUUAAAAUAUUGUAUAAUAGAGGGACAACAUGAUAAAGCACCCCAAAAAACCUCUCAGUUUUUGAAAAUGUCUGAAUUAUCAAGAUUGUUUUUUAUUUUACAAGUGUGCUUAUCUGUGUGUCUCUUUUCAAAGGCAGCCAGAGUGCUCAUCCUGAGGACACCCCCUAUCUGCUAAUAGACGAAAUACACUACAAUCACACACACUCCCUCACACAGUCAAACAAACACUCUGUCAAACACACACUCUCUGAUACUCACAUGGUGAUCCCGUUUGCCACAGACAGGGACAGACACUCAGACAUGGACACAGUUCCAGACACACACUCUGACACACAUACCUCUGACCCAGUGAGGCUGCAGCAGGUGUCUGCAGCCCAGGCAGCCGACACUGAGAGGUACCAGACAUUGCACUGUCAUUCUUUGAAAUGUGUUUGAGUGUUUAAUGUAGCAGGAUUAUUUUCCUCUCGUCAUGAAUGAAUACUUAUGAGGGUGUUUUAGAAAUUUUGAAGAUGAAUAUUAUGUUUCAGAAAUGUCUCUGCUAUUCUCUGUGUUUGCAGUAAUGACUUUGAUGUGGGUCUGGAUCCAGAUGUGAGUCUGGCAGAUAUGUAUCGCUGGAAGGUCUCUGCUUACGCUCCAUGCAGCUCCACCUGUACGACAGGUAAACACAUGCAAGGACACCGAAAGAAUAAAACCCUUUUUUAAUCUUUUUUUUUUUUUUUUUAAUGCGACUUGUAAAAAACUUAUAAAAAAUAAAUAUCAUAUUUAAUUGGUUGGAGUUGUAAGUUAUGGGUUAGAAAACUUAUGGCAAGACCCUGAUGUUGUAUUAACCUUUGCAAACUUAAUAAUAUAACUUGCCAUAAUAAUAUUCAAGGUAUUUUUUAUGGCAAGACAUAAAACCUCCCUAGAUUGUACAUUUCCAUUUUUAAUGAACAUUAACUUAUAUUUAGUUUAGUUUAGUCUUUGACAUUCAAGUGUCUCUUAUCAAUUACGUCCUAACAGUAUUUUCCUAUUAACAAUAUUUAACAGUAAUUGCAGCAAUCCCAAAACCCAGCAGCAAUUAUUUCCCAUUAUCAUCAGAUGUUGUAGGUAGAAAGUGUCUAAAAAAUACACUACAGGCCAAAAGUUUGGAAGCAAGAUCAGAUUUGUACAAAAAAAAGAUCAUAGUUUCAUUUAUAUAAUUCGCAACACAAUAAACAUGACUGUUGUGUAAAGAGUAACUUAUCAGAAGACAUUUUGACUAUAAUUAUUAGGUAUUUGAGUAAUUGUUGCUUAGACUUUGCUUUCUUUAGAGUAACCUCCUCUGGCUCUGGCUUCCCUUAGCUUGGCAUAUACCAGGCAUUCGUUCCACAAGUUUUUUCAGGUAUGUUCCAGGGAUUGCAUUUCAAGCUUUCUUAAGUUCAUUAAAAAGAGACUGUUGAUUCGUGGGACGCGUUUUUCUGACCGAUCGAUCCAAUUCAUCCCGCACAAGCUCUAUUGGAGAAAGGUCUGCAGACUGAGGGGGCCAAACCAUCUUUUGAAGAACACCUUCCUCUUCUUUUUUGUCUAGGUAACCCUGACAGAGCUUGGCAGAGUGCUUAGGGUCAUUGUCUUGCUGCAAAACAAACUUAUGAGUCACAAGUCUGAGUCCAGAUGGAACAGCAUGGUGCUGGAGGAUGGAGUGGUACUGUUCCUUCUUCAUGAUAACGUUUACUUCAAACAAAUCGCCUACUCCAUCACCUGCAAAACAUCCCCAUACCAUGGAACUACCACCUCCAUGCUGAAUUGUGGGUGUAACACAUGGUGCUUUCAGACGUUCACCAGUUUGUCAGCGGACAUAGACUCUGCGUUUUGAACCAAACAGUGCAAACUUGUUUCUAGUCAUCAUAAGUCCAAUUUUUGUGAGCUUUUGCCCACUCAUAUCUCUUUUUCUUGUUCUGUGGAUUAAGUAGUGUUUUUUUGCAGAUACAUAACCCUUCAGACCAGACUUUCUCAAACGUCAUUUCAUGGUUGUCAGAGAUAUGGGUUUCGACCUUGUCAUGUUGAUUUCCUCCCUUAUUUGUGGUGCUGUCUUUUGCCGAUCUCACUUACUGGUGACAGUGCUAUGUUUAUCCUCUGCUUUUGUAGUAACCCUCUUUCAUCCAGGUCUUUUUCUAUCAUCAUAUCUUCCAGGUUCCUCUAGUCUCUUCAGAGACUAGCCAUUUUUGCAGUAGUUUGAACGCAGUUGAGAUUUAUUAGGAUUUUUGUAUGCAGACUCUCAAAAGCCAAAAAGUUGAAGUGAAUAAUCCAACUGUGAUUUGUUUUUUUGCUUUUGCACUGAAGUUGUGACUCUUGCAAAUGUUUUCAACCCUAAAACUAAGCCCUUAUUACCUUUUGCUGAUAUAUAUUUAGCAAUGGUCUGUUAACAUCAAUGUAUAUCUAAAGGUAAACUGAGUAAAAUGGUGCAUUUCCAUGAAAGCAACAUCUGAUCAUGGAGUAAAUACAUCCCAAAAUACAUAAAACUCAUGCUGGAUUUUAAAAAAAGCUUUGUGAACAAAAAUUUGAAGUUACUCCCAACAGUUCGGCCUGUAAUGGUCUUGCUUCCAAACUUUUGGCCUGUAGUGUAGGUGUUUUGUUUUUUUCACUUAAUUUUAUUUCUUGACUUUUCUUUAUUUCUUCCUCUUUGGACUACUGCAGCUCUUUGUACACAUCUUAACCAACAGAGUUUGCACAAGUUACAGCUUAUUCAAAAUGCAUCAGCUCGCCUCCUUACUCUGACCAAAAAGAGAGAUGAUAUAACUUCUAUUUUAGCAACAUUUGCUACUGGCUCCUGGUAAACUUUGGAAAGGAUUUUUAGACUUAUUAGACUUUCUGAUCUCUUUGCUCAGUAUGUGCCCGCUUGUAGAAUAGCUAAGGCUCUGUUCACCAGUCUUAAGUGAAGGCUGAAAGUCAAAGGUUUUUCUGUCAUGUUUUCUUUCCCCUACUCAAUUUUUUUACUUUUUUUCCUUGUAUUGUUUUAUUUAUUUUUUUUAGAUUUAAUGUUUUUAACUUGUUUUAUGGUUUUAGGGGUGCAAAUUUUUCAUCCAAUCAUAAGUUGGUGUAUUUCUCACAUUUCCCUUUUUUCUCAAUUAUUUAUUUAUUUUUAUUUGGGUUAUCUGGGUCAUCUGUAUUGCUUAAUUUUUUGAGGCAUAAAUGACUUUAAGGUACAAACAUUUUUGAAUUGCUCAAGUGGAUAGUUUCAACAUGGGUGGGGUGUAACAUACAUGAUUGAUAGAUGUACUUCAUCUGAUAAUGUUCUAUUUGUUUCUCCAGGUAUCACCACCAGCUUUGCCCUCUGUGUGCGGUAUGAUGGCACUGAAGUGGACGACAGUUAUUGUGACACUUUGACCAGACCUGAACCCACACACGAGUUUUGCACAGGAAAAGAAUGUCCUCCAAGGUGCUCUAUUUUCUCUUUGGUCGCUUUGUUUUUCCAAGAUGUAAAAAUCAGUUGUGGUUUUUUUUGUACAGCAUGCAUACAGUAUAUUUAUGACAACAAUGUUUAUCCAAAAAGGUCAGCGAAUUUUUAAUGGCUCACCUUAAUUCACCUUGGGUUCAGCCGUGGGUGAUCAGGCCCCAACUUGUGUCUAGGUAGCGCACUAUACUUCUAUGCAACCAGAGCCAACAUGAAGUCUUUUAAGCAGCUUCCAUAAAGUUCCUUCUGUGAUUUAGAUCCCCAUGAGUCCCAAGACCGGAUUUAGAGACUGUGAAAAAAUGUGACUGAUUCCCUUUAAAUUUCUUGUUAAAAUUGAAUAAAAAUGGACCAAAAGGCAAUGCCUGCGAAGACCAGGACCUAAGAAUUGAAGUGGAUUGAGUCUUACCCAUCAUGUGUCUCUAAUAGGUAUAAAAUGACUGCCAAAACAAUCCUAUAGGAAGUACGGUUACUAAAAUAAAUGCGUACUCUUUAAAAUAAAAGUUGUAAAUUAGAUUGACAGUCAUUAGUGCUUUAGUGGUACAUCACAGACAACAUUUUUCAUCAAUGUAAAACCUCUGUGGAAAGGUUCAUGCUGACCUUUGAGAAAUAAUAAGGUGCUGCUGUGACUAAAAUGUCCUCUGUUUAAACUGUCCUGAUGCUAACUUCCACCUGCCCUGUUUGUCCUUUUCUGUCCUCAGAUGGGAGACGAGUGGCUGGAGUGAGUGCUCUCGAACUUGCAGAGAGGGCGUUCAGUACCGCACUGUGCGCUGUUGGAAAAUGUUGUCGCCUGGUCUUGACUCCUCCGUCUAUGACUCAUUGUGUCUGUCACAUGACCUCCACAAACCAGCCAACAGGAAGGCCUGUCUAGGCCAGAGCUGUGGACCCCAGUGGGAGGUGUCGGAGUGGUCAGAGGUAACACAGCAGCAUCAGCAUUAGCAUCAGCAUCAGCAGAGUAAAAUAUUACUGAUGAGGGGAUAAGAACGCUGCACAAGUGUGUUUGUGAUCUGGUAUUUACAUUCAGAUUCAGAUUUUUCAAAACUUUUUUUGAACUGAAUCAAUCCUCAGAUGUGGGGACAAAAAGAAAAAGAAAGAAUAGUGCCCAGGAUUUGUUAGUUAGCAUGCACCAAACAUUCUAGGUCAUCUACGAAAUAAAUUACCACUGAAUUUGAAUUUAAAUUUGGGGAUUAAAUACUAGGUCAUUUUGAGUAUCUAAAAAAGUAGCGCAGCUGUGUGAGGAGACUUUUCUCUCCUCCUUGGGGACAAACUUGGACAUUUUUUCUCUUCUCUGUAAAAAGUUGGGUUGUCCUCAGAUAUCUGCAUAGGGAGGUUGCCCAAAGAACACCACACUACCAUGUGGCUUAUGGUUUUAGUAAGGUUUGAAUGUAUAAAAAUAGUAUGUCCAUGCUAAGUUUUAUUUACAACCUUUCAAAGCCAGAAAAACUUCUAUCUGAUAAAUACAAUGUGAUGAACUGUUAUUUGUAGCACCAUUUCAUUUAUCUCUGUACAAAUGGUCAAAAAUAGUGAGUACUCAGUGUGGACUGAAGUGAACGGUGAGCUAAACUGCUCAGUUUAUAAACUCAUGUAAGGUAACAUGAGCGUCGUUCACUCCUGGGGCAGUAAACGAUGGUCACAUUCAGAAACGUGCAGUAGGAUGCUGAAAGAUGACGGAAGGUGCAGAGAGAUGCCGAGCACUAUUGAACAUCCUGAACAUUCCCCUCACCUGUUAUCAAGUGAUGUGCUGUGUCUGUAUGUGCAUAUGUUUGUUUGUCAGUGUUCAGCACGAUGUGGCUCUCGGGGGGUUCGUACAAGGGAGGUUCGUUGUUCCAUGGAAAUGAGACUUUGCAACAAGUCCUCUCAGCCAAUAGAAAGCCAAGAAUGUGAAGGCCCACCCUGUGACCGAAGAUGGACAGUUACAGACUGGGGACCUGUGAGUUGAAACACACACAAGCACAUCUGAUACACUUGACCUUGGUAACAUAACUCCAUACAUAUGUGUGUGCUUGUGUAUGUGUGUGUUUGUGUUAGUGCUCAGGUGUGUGUGGGGAGGGACGGAUGGUGCGUGCGGUGAUGUGUCGGUCAUCAGGUGGCGUGGUGAUGUCAGAGGAACAGUGUGACCAAUCUCUGCGCCCGCUAGCCAUACAUCCCUGUGGAGACAGAGACUGUGCUCCGCACUGGGUGGAACAGGAGUGGCAACAGGUAAACACAAAUAGUGUGAUAUAUAGUGCAAAGAAAGGCUGACACUGGGAAAUGUUACUGCGUCAUGGAAAAUAUUUUCUGACUUUAAAUUUGAUCCAGCAUCAGGACUGAAAAAAGUUUGGACAUAUGAAUUGGCAAAGGAUUUUUUUAAGUCCCUGAUAUACUUGAUUUAUUGAUCCCUUUGAGGAUCAGUAAAGUUUUUCUUAUCUUGAGCCUAAUCACAAGUUGUUUAUUGGGUGUGUUUGUUGUGAAUUCUGUGUACCAGUGUAAUGCUACUUGUGGACGUGGCAUGCGGCAGCGUCAAGUGGUGUGUGCAGGGCUGGAUGGCGGCGUGUUUAAAGAGUUUCCAGACAGCAGCUGUGACCAAAGCAACAAACCUGAAAGCAGCUCUUCCUGCUUCCAGAGACCCUGCUCCAAGUGGUUCACCACUUCCUGGUCCAAGGUAAGCAAUGCUUGGUCCACCCAUAGGCUGUAUAUACAAUGGACAACUUGGUUCUGCCCUCCGCCAGUAUAUGGAUUGGAAGCCGAGUUGCUCUCGGUAUUUCCGAAUUUUUUUCCCACUUCCUGAAACCACCACUUGUACAGUAGCAUUGUACACAUUCAAUGGGAGAGUCGCUGUGAUGACGCUCUGCUCAAACAGUGUAUCCCCCGUAAUCUUUGUACGCCCAAAGACUGUAUCAAGUGUCAAUCAUAGAAAACAUGAACCCCCUAAUAACUUUUAAAUAUGGAGCUGUACAGAAAAAAAGAGGACUUGAGCACAAACCAGUCUUAGAGUAACUACAUGUCAACAUCGCAACCAGGGGGGAGAAAAAUGUAUAAUCUGUGUAAUAAAUUUCUUAAAGUUUGUCCACAGCUCCAUAGGGAUUGCUGGAGGAGGUGGGAUUUAUGACCUAUACUGCAGCCCGUCACCAGAGGGUCCUGUUCUCGGGGUGGCUUCACCCAGCGAGGAGGCAGAUGGUGUCCAUUCUUUAUACAGUCUAUCGGUCCAUCUAAUUAGCCAUAACCUGAGAUCAGUAUAGCUUGAUUGGAAAUUAUUCAUGAAGUUCAGCUUGUCGUUUUUCAAUCAAGAAUAACAUGGUAAAAUGAAGUCCCUGUUCCUUUGCCCCCUCAGUGCAGUAAGACCUGUGGGAGUGGUGUGCAGGUUCGAGAGGUGAAGUGUUACCAAGGGGAGGAGCUUGUAACCCGGGGUCACAGCUGUGACUCUGCUCUAAAGCCAGAAGCCCGACAGAGCUGUGAGCUUCAGAGCUGUCCGACAGUGGCUUCAGGUACGACGACAAACACAACCGGAUGAACUUUCUGUUCAGUGUUUUUUCUGAGCCAGCAUUUAGACUUGUAUUUUUGUGUUCAUCAGUUGCCGUGCCAGCAGCUUCAGCAACUGUAGAUGAAUCCUGCCAAGACAAACCAACAGCUAACUGUGCACUGGUGCUAAAGGUGAAGCUGUGCUCUCACUGGUACUACAGGAAGGCCUGCUGUCAGUCCUGUAAGGCACCAAGACCCUGAUGUCUGAGCUCAAACCUCUCACUGAAACCACUGGUCCCAUGACUCAUACAGGAUGUUGUUGCUACACAAAGCCUGCUGCUAGGAAUGUACAGCCUCAUGGCAUUUCUGUCAACUCUUUCUUUUCACCUUGUGGACCAUACCUCUUCCUCAAAUGGCUGAGGGUUUUUUUCUGUACACCGGGACCUGCCCUAAAUAUUGAUCUCUUUUUAUUUCUUCAAGUUUUAUCACUUGUGCAAAUUUCUCCCAGUCCCCCCUCAUUGUGUCAUCUGUAAGAUUAUUCCAGUCAACAUUUCUGCUGUGAACUAAUUUACAACUAAUUCCCCACUAACAUUAGUCCCCUCUAAUGUGAACAUAAACUCUCUUCAAGACAAACUGUGCUCUCUGCUCACUUGUUAAGCUUCCUCUAAAUCAAAAAAUCAACCUUUUCUUGCUAUAUUCUGCAUUGUUUUAUUCCUAUUAUUGUAAUUAUUGCACAACCUUGCUAGUCAAUGCCAUUCCACUUUUUGUUCUCACUUUUCUACUUAAACAUGAAUUGCAAUGUCCUCUAAUAUCAGUUCCAUGUUUGCAGGUUGGUGAAUGAAUUUAAAUGAUAGUGGCAAUUUGUUUACUUUUCCAGUUGACUGUUUCAUCCUGCUGUCAUGGCGCAGGCUGUAAUGGCUAUAAUAUUAUGGUGUAAAUCCAUUCACUAAAAGUAGUUGUUUUUGUCACUGGCAGACUCAGGUUUAUAUUCUCAGUGUCUGACAACAUAACAGAAAGGAUUCCCUGGGAGAAAAACUUUGUUUAAUUGACAGAAAGAAAAAAAAUUUCUACCGCAAACAGAUGUUAAAUUUAAUCUCUUCCAGACACCAGAAAACACUCAUAAAAUGAUAUUUUAACUUUGCAGUCAAAAGAGUUUCUUUUCUACAUCUGACAAGAUGGUUUUCACCGUUAAUGCUGUUUGUGAUGAUAGCAAUGUCAACAACUGAAGUUUCAGAGCGCUGUACAGUGCGCAUGGGUCAAACUGCAAAAUUAAAUACAUGUAAUUUAAA